AUGGGUAAAAGAAAGAAGUCAACAAGAAAACCUACCAAGAGACUGGUACAAAAGUUAGAUACGAAAUUUAAUUGUUUAUUUUGUAAUCAUGAAAAAUCAGUGUCAUGCACUUUGGAUAAAAAGAACAGUAUAGGAACUUUGUCAUGCAAGAUUUGUGGUCAGUCGUUCCAAACGCGUAUAAAUUCAUUAUCACAGCCUGUUGAUGUAUAUAGUGAUUGGUUUGAUGCGGUGGAAGAAGUCAAUUCUGGCCGUGGAAGUGACACAGACGAUGGUGAUGAAGACUCUGACAGUGAUUAUGAAAGUGAUUCAGAGCAAGAAACACAGAAACGUAGCGAAAUAGAUUCUGAUGAAGAAGAGGUAGACUCUGAUGAGGAGAGGAUAGGUCAAGUAAAAAGAGGCAGAGGCGCCUUGGUAGAUAGUGACGAUGAAUAA